ACGUGUGCUUGUCAAAUAAACGCAAACUGAACGAUCCCUCCCCGAUAAGUGCUUCCUAUACGCGGUAGUAAGGCCACAGUUUCCGUAUGUUACUCCAGUCUGUUUUAAUUAUAAUAGCAACCCGUGCUUUGGGAGUUUUCUAAAAUUGGUCAAAGUGAAAUAAAGAGAAUGGAGGACAGAAGUUUAUUACAGAAUAUUCGCAGACCCCCCAAACUCAGCACACCUGUUCUAAUAAUCUCCAAACUCAUUGUGACCGCCCUGCCCAUUGCACAGGUAUCAAUUGGUGCAAUAUAUCUGCAUGACUGCCCAAAGCAGCCCUAUAUCCCCAUCUAUCUGCUAGUGUCAGGUGUUUUUGCACUGGUGCUGGGUCUGUUGUCCUGCCUGCCAUGCACUCAGGAGCCAGAAGAUGGCACUCAAUCUCCACUGAGCAGUCUUUGCACCGCCUGGAAUUCAGUGGUGUCACUCUUCCUCUUCUGCUGGUUCAUCGCUGGUAAUGUUUGGAUCUACUCUAUUUAUCAGCCUAAUUACAACGUUGGGACCGAUUAUUGCAAUAAGACAUUGUACCUUUUUGCUUUCUGGACCACCACAUUGGUCUAUAUAUUGCUGGGCAUUACCUUCCUAGGGGGUUGCUGUAUGUUAUUCUGCCUGUGUUUGUGUGGAAGGAGUGGAAAUGUGGAUGAUGUAUAAUUGACAAGGCCAGCAGCCAACACUGAUAUUACUAAUAAUAACACUGUUGUGCACUUCUGCAGUUUCAGGCCUGCUUAUUCUUCCUUUUUUCCUUAUUUCAUGUAGUGCCACUUACUAGGUCAGUUAUGAGCUUUUGCACUAUUGAUAAGUGGCAUUACACUAUUAAGUAACUCUACAAGUUCCUGUGUGUAAAUAUAUCUGUAUUGUGGAGCACCAGAGACUUUAGGAGAUGCAAGUUUAUUAACUGGACUAGUUUAAUGUCUUUAUAAUGGCAUUUGUUAAGAGUUUGCCUUUGAGAAUAUUGUGUAAUGUGGAAAGACAAAAAAAUAAAUAAAUAAAUACAUAAAUAAAUUGAUAUUUAAAAAAAUCUGGUU